GAGGGUAGCACUGAGGUAUAUGAGAGAGAGAGAGAGCGAGAGAGAGAGAGUGUUGAUGGGGAAUUAGCAUAGGGUCUCCGUCUCUUCAUCCCUCUAAAUACAGGGGUCCCCAUCUACUCCAUCUCUGCCACUUUCACGCACACACAGGGCUGUCUCUCUAUAUAUUCAUCCACACACACAUCUUCUUAUAUCUCCACACACACACAGACACGUCUCCCUUGAGCAACGGUGUGUCGCAAUGGACGUGCCGUACGCGUUAGCUACGGACGGGCAGCUGCCCAUCCUCUCCGUGUCGGAAGCCAGGAGCUCAGGGGCCCAGGGUGACCCGGACAACGGCGGUGGCGGUGGACGUGGCGGUGCAGGAGGAGGAAUAGGAGGAGGAGGUGGUGGUGGCCCAACUCCAGCCUCGCUGGCCGCUGGAAGAGGGUUGCCACCGGACAAUACGACCGAUCCAGGGGGCACCUUGGCCAUGCUGGACUGGCAGAUGCAGCACUACCGGGACUUCGCUACCGGGGUGCAGGUCGUGAUCCUGGCCGGCUCUGUCAUAGGUAACCUGCUGGUGCUGUGGUCGACACGACGGACAGCCAUGUUUAAGUCGGUGACGAGCCGCUUCCUGCAGAACCUGGCGGGUGCCGGACUUGGUGCUGGUCUGGCAUGCAUGCCCCCUGAUCUACUCCUCAGCUGCCACCCACAAUGCUGCCCCUGGCUAGCCAAUCUGCCCGUCCUCUGCCGAGGACUGAAGUUUGCACACCGCCUCUUCUGCUCUGCCCUUGUACUCUCCUUUGGACUGAUCGCGAUCGACAGGUACUACUCUGUCCUGUACCCUCUGGAAAGGAAGAUAUCGGAGAACAAAGCCCGGGACUUGGUUGUCUAUGUGUGGCUACAUGCGAUGGUCGCGAGCUUUCCCGUGUUUGGAAUGAGCUACACCAUCGACCUGUUCAGUGCCACCUCGUGCCAGCAGAGUUCACAGAGGCCGUCCCCAGCCCAGCUGAUCUACACCAUCAUCUACCACGCCACCACGGUGCUGCUGCCCAUUGUGGUCACAUUCACGUGCAUGAUUAUGAUCCGCCGUGCGCUCAGUGCUAGCCAGAAAAAGAAGGUCAUCAUCGCAGCCCUCCGGACUCCACAAAACACAAUCUCAAUCCCCUACCUGUCGCAGAGAGAGGCGGAGCUGCAGACGAUGCUGCUGCUCAUGAUCGCCGUGUUCUUGGUGUGCAUGCUGCCAUACUUUAUCCUGGAGGUGUACCGGACAGUGGUGGACAGCCAGGACCUCCCAGAGGCCUUGCUGCUCACGGCCAUUUGGUUCCCCAAGCUGCCCCUCUUGGUGAACCCGCUGCUCUACCUUGGCGCCAACAAGCCCAUCCGCAAGGGGAUCCUCGUCUCCCUGGCACAACUGCAGCGGCGCUACAGCCGUCGCAACACCGUGGGAGCUGACACGGUGCCCUUGGGCGAGGCUGCCCAGGAGCCAUGUGCCCUGCGCUCGGGCAGUCAGCUGCUGGAGAUGUUUCAGAUCGGGCAGCAGGAAAUUUUCAAGCGCAGCGAGGAAGACGACAGGGAGGCAGGUCCUCUCGUGGGAAGCCACACUGGUGGAAGUGCCAAGGCGGAAGGCGCAAACCAGAAGAUGCUCAUGUCGGAUUUGGAGGCUUCACCAGUUUUGUACGACCAAGAGUCGAAGGACCCAUUGCCCGGUACAACAAAUGCAGAGACUUCCUCUCUGAAGGCGCAGUUUGGUUUCGGGCCAUUUGAAUUGCCCCCGCAGUGGCUUGCGGAGAAUAGGGGCAGCAAAAAACGGCUUCUGCCACCUCUGGGCAACACGCCGGAGGAGCUCAUUCAGUCGGAGAACAAGGACUACAGACAGAAAUGUGAAAGGAAAAUAAACAGGAACAACAAAGUCAGUGAUCUUACGGAUCUCGACCUGUAACAGACAGCUAUGUACACGUCCAGCUAUUUGUUUACAAGAAGAACUGUCCAUAAUUUGUUAAUACAAAUGUACCUUGUUUGCUAAGUCAAUCGUGAACGUUUAUUUGUCAACUUACAUCUUACGUGGACCUCUUUGUGUGGCUCUUUACAAAAAAUACAUAACUGGAUAAGCUGUGAAAUGUGUUAAUAUUAAGUGGCACACAUUUGAAUGGAUCAAUAUUUGGAAAUGUCUGUGAAACACAACAUGUUAUAAUAAAUCUAAAACUUAAUAUAAAUAAAUAAUCUAGUAGAGAUUCCAUUCAUAUAGUAAGGUGCCAACAUGUAGUUGUAUCAUCAUUUGCUAUCCAAGAUUGAAUACAAGGCAUUUAUAGACAUUUUGGACUUCGUUAUUUUUGUCAUAUCCACAAUCGUUGCAGUAAAACUCCACGCAUCAAAUAUUGUGAAAUCACAACCCAUAAAAGCGAAGAGUUAUUUAAAAUAAUUAUCCACGAAACGAUGUAUCAUUUUACAAAGUGCAUCAUGGACGAAUGGCAAAGUCGCACAUAUAGAUGAAUAUGUAAGUAAUGUUCAUUUUAGUCACAUUAACACAUUACGACAUAGUGAAUGGUAGUUGGCGCUUGGAUAUGUAAAAUAAAAAUAUUAUUUAAAAUUGUAAUCCUUACUGGGAAAUAGCGACAGUUUUUUCUUCAAAUGGGCAAAUUCAUUAUCACAAUAAAGUUUCUACUUUAAUGUUGUGUUGUUAUCUGUGAAUUCAAUUGUAAUGAUAAAGAGUGAAAGUGUUAACCACCACUGAUGACAUACUCAUUUUUACAACCAGCAGUAAAUACCACAACAAAGGAUUGAAGAACUUUCAAAGAAGGCUGAAAAAAAGGGGGUCUAAAGAUAAAUAUUUCAGAUAUAUUACAAAAAACGAAAGUUACGCACAGGUUAAUUGAACAAAAUAAUACGAGUUGUAGGGACACAACUGGAACCAAACAGAAUUGUAUAUAUCUAGUGAAAUUACCAAAGGCAGACCAGGAUCAAAAUUAUUAAUAAAAUAGGGAAGGAAAAAGCAGGUUGUAGUGCUUUUGCAAAACUACAUUUGAUAAUAUAAAGCAAUACCAAUGUGCCUAUUGAGGAUAGUUUUAAUCAAUGCAUCACCUGAUAUGACAUAUGGAUUGGAAACAUAGUCAAUGACAAAGCAAAUGGAACAAAAGUUGAAAAUUACACAAGUAUAGAGAAAUGCAUGGUGGGAAUUGCAAUGAGAGACAGAAUAGGAACUCAUGAAUCAGGGAUCAAAUACAAAUGAGAGACAUAAUUUUGAAGUAAUAAAGUGGGCUUGGGUAGGACACAUCACAAGAAGGGAUGAUAGAACACGGAUGAGAAUGGUGAUUAAAUGGUAGCCAAGCAGCAAUGACAUCAGCACAUGCAUUGUGCCAUCGCAAGACCGUGAGGGAUGGGGGGGGUCUUCAUUCAGCAGCGAAUAGAACAUGAUGAUUAACAGAGUACAUCGACUGUCAUCGCACAGUUUAGGGAGAUCUCUCAGAUGCUGAACUGUUGUGCAUACAUUUUAUUAACAAUCCCAGCUAUUGUCAUAUUUUAUCUUUUUUAACACUGGCAAAUUAGUACUGUGUAACUUUCAUCCACAAUGUAAAUUGUACACGAAUGAGUU